UCCGUAUGUAAUAUUUUGUAGCGAUCAAGAGAGACUAACGCAGACAUGUGAGAGGGGAGAGGAUCCUAUAAACAAUUUAGUCUAAGUUUUCUGCUUCCUCCUUAUCAUAUAUAUAUUGCAGAUAUACACAUAGUUCCUCUAAAUAGAAGAUAAUACAAAUAAAUCAAGAAAGCUCUAUUGGAAGGGAAGAGGCUUAUAAAUAUAAGAAUGGUUUCGAGGGAACAAAAUAGAGGUUCUUUACAAGAGAAGUUUCAACUGCUUCGUUCAGCCACUAAUUCUCAUGCUCAAAGCGAAACAUCGAUUAUAAUGGAUGCAUCGAAAUAUAUCCAAAACCUUAAGAAAAAAGUCGAAAGAUUCAAGGAGGACACUGCCGCAGAGCAAUCUUCAAGCGAGCCCACGGAUCCCACCACACCAAUGGUAAAAGUCGAAACCCUAGAAAAGGGUUUUAUGAUAAAAGUUUUCUCAGGGGAGAAUCAGCCAGGCAUGCUUGUUUCGGUAUUAGAAGCCUUUGAGGAUAUGGGGCUUGACGUUCUCGAAGCUAGGGUUUCAUGUACCGACUCCUUUAGCUUGCAUGCCAUGGGAGUCAAGCAGAAUGAAGAUGAGGAAAUAAUGGAUGCUGGAGCAGUGAAACAGGCGGUGACAGAUGCAAUCACAAGCUGGGGUAAAACCAAUGUUCCACCUUUUCUUUGAUUCUCCUUUAUUUAUGUUUAAUAUACAAAAUAUUAUAACACAAUUUCUAUAGUAAUUCUGUUAUUUUAUGUUCACCAUUACCAAGAAUUGUCCCCUAGAAAAGGGAUAAUGAAGAAAAAUGAAUUGUAUGUU